CGCGUCGCCGCGGUUGCCGUGGGAAACGACCCGGGAUCUGGUUGGGAGGAAAGACGUUUCCCGCCGGCGGGAGCUGCGGUUGUGGCGACUUGCGGAGCUCAGACCAUGGCGGACCAGCUUUACCUGGAAAAUAUAGACGAGUUCGUCACGGACCAGAACAAGAUCGUGACAUACAAAUGGCUGAGCUAUACACUAGGAGUUCAUGUUAACCAAGCCAAACAGAUGCUGUAUGAUUAUGUUGAAAGGAAGCGAAAGGAAAAUUCAGGAGCCCAACUGCAUGUCACCUAUUUAGUGUCUGGCAGUCUUGUUCAGAAUGGACAUUUGUGCCACAAGGUUGCAGUAGUGAGAGAAGAUAAAUUGGAAGCAGUGAAGUCCAAGCUAGCUGUGACUGCCAGCGUCCAUGUGUACAGCAUCCAGAAAGCCAUGCUAAAGGACAGUGGGCCUCUGUUCAAUACCGACUAUGACAUCCUUAAAAGCAACUUGCAGAACUGCAGCAAGUUUAGUGCCAUACAGUGUGCAGCUGCAGUUCCUAGAGCUUCUGCUGAAACCUCAUCUUCUGAAAAAUUUGACCAGUCAAAUCUUCAGGUAUCAAGUGAGACACAAGCCAAUAGUGAGUUGACCACCAAUGGUCAUGGCCCACCUACUUCCAAACAGAUUUCCCACCAACCUAAAGGAAUUAUGGGAAUGUUUGCCUCUAAAGCUGCUUCUAAAAACCAAGAUACCAACAAAGAAACCAAAACGGAAGCUAAAGAGGUAACAAAUGCAUCUUCAGUAGGCAACAAGGCACCAGGGAAAGGAAAUGUGAUGAGCAAUUUUUUUGGAAAAGCUGCUAUGAAUAAACUUAAAGUCAACUUGGAUUCAGAACAAGAAGUGAAAGAAGAAAAAGUAGUGGAACAACCUCUACUGUCUGUCACUGAACCAAAGCUGGCAGCCCCUGCAGGUCUGAAGAAACCCAGCAAAAAAGCAGAGCCUAUUAAGAUGCAGCAGAAGGAGAGAAAAAGGGGGAAGCGAGUGGAGUUCUCUGAUGAUGAGACAAAAGAAACUGUAAACAUGAAGAAAAAGAGGAGAAGACUUAAACUUCCUGAGUCUGAUAGCAGUGAGGAUGAAGUCCUACCAGAUUCUCCUGGGGUUUAUGAAGCUGAGUCACCAUCCCCACCGCCUCCUGCAUCUCCACCUCCUGAACCAGCGACGAAGACUGAGCCAGAGCCUCCUUCUGUCAAGAGCUUAAGUGGAGAAAACAAAAGAAAACGAAAGCGGGUGAUGAAAUCUAAAACCUUUGUGGAUGAGGAAGGCUGCAUAGUGACUGAAAAAGUCUUCGAGAGUGAAUCCUGCACAGAUAGUGAAGAAGAACUUAAGAUGAAGACAUCUUCCAUACACAGACCCCCAGCAAUGACUGUGAAAAAAGAACCCAAAGAGGAACGAAAGGGCCCCAAGAAAGGGACUGCUGCUCUGGGCAAAGCCAAUAGACAAGUGUCCAUUACUGGCUUCUUCCAGAGGAAAUGAACUGCUAUCUCUGUAGGUCAGAGAUGUGGAUGGUCAGGGAGAUGACCAAGACAUACAGACUCUCACUUACUGUGUAAGUGCAUCCAGCGCCUCACCUCACCUAUGUCAGAAGACUGUUCUUCCAUCUUGAAAGGUUUAUACUACUGGCUUUUAACCAAGAAGAAAUCACCUGGAAGCAAGAGGCAAAAGAAUAUUUAAAAAGCUGUUACCUUCUAAUGACAUUUUUAAAGCACAAUCUUUGACCUGUCCAGGAGAAGAAUUUCUCAAAAAAAAAAAAAAAAGGAACAGGUUUCAGAAUUAUCAUUAUCACUGAAGCCAUUUAGUGGCUCAUCCACUGCACCCGACCUACCUUGUGCCCUGAUGCACUUACAGCUCAGGGAGUAUUCCUCUGUGUUCCUUUGUAUUCCAUGGACUUGUGUGGGUAUUUUUUUAAAUCCCUGAAUUUUACUGGAUGUGUUUUCCACUCCCCUUAUCAUCCCUUCCCCACUAACACAGUUCUGUGUGAAGCCGUGUUCUGUAAGUCUUUUAAAUCGUGGUUGGACUGAGGCUGAAACAGAAAUCUCCCUGUAAUCCUCUUUUCCUCCAUUAUAAAGUACACUGACACCUGGCUGCAUACCAGCUCACUACUUGUGUUUUACCCCUUUCACAAAAGCUCUCUAGACCUUCAUUUGCAAUUAGUGGUUAGGGCAAAGCCUCAGGCGGAGCGCAAAUAGGAACGUAAGGAUGUAUUCAACUCCACCAGAAAUCACCUAGAGUCAGCACUGACAGCAUUAGAGGACGGGUCCUGUUGCUGACACAGCGCGCACUUUACACUGUUCUUAUGAUUUUUGUCUCCUCCCCUCUCUCCCUUCCCACAUGCAGUAUGUAACAGUUAAGUAAAAUUUCUUCUUGAGGAAACUGAAUGUUCAGAAAUAAGCAUUUCCCAAGGUCAUGAGGAAGAGAUAAAAGCACACAUUAUACAGAUGUUGCUCCUCUGUAUGUUUAACCCUCCCAUUUGCCUAAAAGUCCAGGUUCCCCCAAAAGAGAUGGAGAGACUGAGUUGUUAGUAGGACUAAACUGCUAUUAAAAUAUUUUCAUUUGUUACUUAAGGAAAGUCAUCUAUUGCAGUGAUAACUUUUAACAACUUCCAUUCUGGCUGCACAGUGAGCUCAGUGGGUGGAGGUGUGUGGCAGUGGCUGCCGUGGGCUCUGGGAAGGAAGCACAGGCUUGGCUGCUGGUGUGAUUCAUUGCGAAGAGACAAGGGAUGUCUGACUUCUUUCCAUCUUGGCCUGGUGUGUAUCCUAAGUGAGCGGUCAGCCAUCUACUGUUUAAAGUCAGUAUUGUGAGGGACCUUGGAUUAAGAGCAGUUUCUUGAGCAGGAGUCACCAAGGGCUCUCUAGCCAGGCACCCAUGGACUUGAUUAAGCCCAGAGGUUUGGGGGAUGAGUCCUGGCAUUACAUCUAGGACUUGUAAAGGCAGAGGCUUUGUGUAGCAAGCUGAGUAAAGGAUGACAUAUUCCAACCUCUUCUUUUUUAAAUCCAGAAGGAUGGAGAAAAAGAGGGAAAGCCUGGACCUUUACAAAAAAUUUCUAGAGAGGGAUCCCGUUUGAAUGGAUAUUUUUGUCAUUGCCUCUGGUCAUUUUUCUAAAUUGAAGUAAAGAAAAAAUCAACUCAGUCUUUUUGUUGUUGUUGUUAUGCUGAGAUCUGUAGUAAACUAAACUUAGAAUUGGAAACCUCUGGUGCUGGUUAAAAGGAAAAUGCAGAUUCUGUGAUAGUGAUCCUGUGAUUACUAUGCCCAAUAUGCUGCCUAACCUCUGAGCUGUCUGCAAGAUUUUGUAAGAGGUGGCUUUUUUUUUUCUUUACACAAAACUCUACCAUAUUAUCCCAUGAGUUCAAUAAAUUUGAGAAGUUGUUUUAAAAUAGUUCAAA